AAAUGCAACUUUAAUGGCGGGACCAAUCAUUAACAACGCACUACCUAAGCUAAGAGCAGCAGCACCACUCUUCCAUGGCCUUAUCCACACUUUCUCCGCCAUCUCUGGCCACUAUCCCCGCCGCCUCGGCACCCAAGCUCGGACACCCUUCCGUCGCCGCCGUACCUCUCCGAACUGACCUCCGGAAAGAACGCAUCUCGACGACCGCCGCCGGCAACUUCGCUCCUCUGCCGACAGAUCCGCAUAAAUGGAGGACACGUGUCUCCUUCUUUUCUGGUUUACUGAACAACAACAGGACAGAAAAUCGAGAGGCCAUAAAAGAAGAGCUUCUCCAAGCCAUUGCUCCCCUCGAUCGUGGUGCUGAGGCCACCCCUGAAGAUCAACAAAUCAUUGACAAGAUAGCUCGGAAGCUGGAAGCUGUUAAUUCAAUAAAAGAACCGCUCAAGUCCGAUUUGCUCAACGGGAAGUGGGAACUCAUUUACACAACUUCAGAAUCCAUUUUGCAAACAAAGAGACCCAAGUUUUUAAGAUCUCGAACAAACUUUCAAGCAAUUAAUGCUGACACUCUUCGAGCUCAGAAUAUGGAGUCGUGGCCAUUUUUCAAUCAGGUUACUGCAGAUUUAACGCCACUAAUGGCAAAUAAAGUGGCUGUGAAGUUCGAUUACUUCAAGAUUGGUGGUUUGAUACCUGUUAAAGCUCCUGAACAAGCUCGAGGUGCACUGGAAAUUACUUACUUGGAUAAAGAACUGAGAAUAUCAAGAGGGGACAAAGGCAAUCUCUUCAUCUUGAAAAUGGUUGAUCCCUCUUAUCGGAUCCCUGCUUGAUAAUGACUUUUAUUUCCCGCGCUUGUUAAAUCAUUUCCCGCGGUGGAUUUGAAUUUCUCAUUUCUUGCACUCUCGAUCGAGUUUGUGGUGUUUUCUGUAUUGAAUUUAUUGCACUCUCGAUGGAGUUCGUGGUGCUUUUUUUGUACAUUCAUGUAAUAUGGAUAAUAAGAUAUUGGAGAAAAAAACAAUAUACUAUUAACAUAAAGAGAUUAUCAUUAGAUUAACAUUUGACUAUGUGUGACUAUGGUAAAUUAUUAGCGCAAAAGGAAUAAUCCAUUCAUUAGAAAGUA